AUGCAGCUCCUUGUGGCAAUAUUGCCCGUCUUGCUGGGUAUUGUGCUUGGUGAAGAUGGCUCGCAGGGCUGGCUACGUUAUGCACCCGCCGCCAAAGGUUGCAAGUCUCAACAAGUCCCCUCAGCGAUUGUGGCCCUCAAUUCAACAAAGAUCAGUCCAGUCUACACUGCCGGGAAAGAGUUGCAGAGAGGUCUUAGGAGCAUUCUGGGGAAGGCUGUCGAUUUGACCACCGGAGGUCGCUCGAAUUCAUCAGCCAUCGUCGUUGGCACUGUGGAUGCAUACAACACAGCCUACGGCAGUGUCUCUGGCGUGGAAGACUUGGAAGAUGACGGGUACCUGCUAAGCACCCACGAUGGCAGUGUUGUCAUCCUGGGACGCAACCAACGAGGCGCUCUCUACGGAGCCUUCGAGUACCUCUCGCAGGUGGCGCGCAACAACGUUACAUCAGGGUCCUCCUACAUCUCCAACCCACAAGUCCCAAUCAGAUGGACCAACGAGUGGGACAAUAUGGACGGAUCAGUCGAGAGAGGCUACGGGGGCGCUUCGAACUUCUUCCGGGGCGGAUACGUAGUCGACAACACAACAAGAGCUGCUGAGUACGCACGCUUAUUGGCAUCUGUGGGCAUCAAUGGUGUCAUUAUCAACAACGUCAAUGCCAAUGCGACUCUCCUUAGCGAUCGCAAUGUUGAGGGCUUGGGCAGACUGGCCGAUGCCAUGAGACCCUAUGGAGUACAACUGGGUAUUUCACUAAAUUUUGCGUCUCCAAAUGCCACCCUCGGGACGUUUGACCCCCUGGACCCAAAGGUUGAUGCGUGGUGGGCGAACAUCACCAAUCAGAUCUACAAGAAGGUACCAGAUAUGGCGGGCUAUUUGGUCAAAGCCAACAGCGAGGGUCAGCCAGGCCCACUCACGUACAACCGAACGCUCGCAGAUGGCGCCAACAUGUUCGCUCGAGCGGUCGAGCCGCACGGCGGCGUCGUGAUGUUCAGAGCAUUCGUAUAUGACAACCAUAUCAGCUAUGCCAAUUGGACAUCCGACCGGGCCAACGCGCAACUCGAGUUCUUCCAGCCCCUGGACGGCAAGUUCGACGAGAACGUUAUUGUACAAAUCAAGUACGGUCCUAUCGACUUUCAGGUCCGUGAACCAGCUUCGCCACUCUUCGCAGCACUUCACAACACGUCGACUGCGAUUGAGCUCCAGGUCACACCUGAAUAUCUGGGUCAGAAUUGUCAUUUUGUUUACCUUGCCCCACUUUGGAAAGAGAUCCUGGAUUUCGACUUGCGAGCUGACAACAAAUCCUCAAUGGUCAAGGAUAUUGUAUCAGGCCAGCGUUUUAAGCGUCCUCUCGGUGGUUAUGCAGGUGUGCCGGGCGCUGGCACCAACACCACUUGGCUGGGCAGCCACAUGGCUAUGUCUAACCUGUACGCGUACGGAAGGUUGGCUUGGGAUGCUUCGCUCGGCUCAGAAGACAUCCUCGAAGACUGGACUCGAUUGACCUUCGGCUCGGACCAGAUCGUUCUGGAUACUAUCAACGAUAUCUCGAUGAAAUCAUGGCCCGCCUAUGAGAAUUAUAGUGGCAAUCUAGGCGUCCAGACCCUUACUGAUAUUCUCUAUACACACUUCGGCCCGAACCCAGCGUCUCAGGACAACAAUGGUUGGGGCCAGUGGCUACGAGCUGGAAACGUCACCAUUGGAAUGGACCGAACAAUCGAGAACGGCACGGGAAACGCUGGGAACUACCCUCCCGAGAUCGCGGAGAUGUACAACGACAUCGACAAGACCCCUGACAACCUCUUGCUGUGGUUCCACCAUGUGCCGUACACGCAGCGCCUCAAGUCUUCCAAUGAGACAGUAAUACAGCACUUCUACAACGCCCACUACGCAGGCGCAGCCAGCGCGCAAACAUUCGUACAACAGUGGGAAUCACUGAAGGGCAAGAUUGACCAUGAGCGCUUCGAACAUCAGCUCUUCCGGCAAACGUAUCAAGCUGGGCAUUCGCUUGUCUGGCGCGACUCGAUCACACAGUACUUCUACAAUUUAUCAAUGAUUGAUGAUGAGUCGGACCGUGUGGGCAACCACCCGUACAGGAUCGAAGCCGAGAGCAUGAAACUAGACGGGUACAAAUCAUACCUUGUCAACCCAUUCCACGCUGCUUCGGGCUUCACAGCGAUCGUCACUACAUCGAACACUACAGCCGGUACCGCGACUACGGAGGUGCCGUUUGACUCUGGAAUGUACGACGUGGCUGUGAACUACUACGACCUGUUCAACGGUACAUCAUCGUACAAGCUCGAAAUUGGCAACCGGACAGUCGGCGUAUGGAAGGGCGACAACGAGAAAAAACUGGGCCACGAGCCUUCGAGGUAUCUGGAUGGUCACACAGCGACUCGCAUUACGUUCAGAGGUAUUGCAGUGCAAAAAGGUGAUACGGUGCGCAUAACGGGCCAGCCUGAUGGAAUUGAGCCUGCGCCCUUGGACUACAUAUCUUUCCUGCCGCCCGGUAUUGUCGACUGA